AUAAUUUUGUAUUUAUAAUGAACGCUUUCGACCGAACUGUGGGUUCAUAUAUUGUGUGGGAUCAACUUAUUAGAAUAAAGAGUAUUUAAGUUCGUUUAUGCGCAACAAAAUGCUACUGCAGCCUUGUGUUGUAGUUUUAUCCAGAAUCAAAGUAACUGAGGCACAAGCCACAGACCAUGGCUUGGCUCGUGUCAAAGAUGAGAUCAUCACCGACUGCAGAUGGUCUUCAGCUCGCGGCCACUCAGGUUUCGCGAGCCUCGAGGCAGCGGGACACACAAGGGAAGUCAACCACAAGAGAAGAGGUGCGUCUGUCAACAGUCAGAUGUCGCUGAGACCUCUUAAAAUAGUUCUGCCCAGAAUCAAAGUGGAACCUGGUGAGGAUGUGUUGGAGGGUAACUGCAAGAGAAGAGGUGUGUGUGCUAGUAAUGAGAUGCUGGAAGCACGUGAAAUAAUUAUACCGAGAAUUAAAGUAGAACCUGGUGAAUAUCUGAAGGUGCAAAGAGCGAUUUUUGGUGCUGAUCAUGUCAAGUCGGAAAUUAUUUCUGAUUGUAGACUCUCCUCAACUCCAUGUCAAAUAAAUUUCUCAAUAGUAAAGGAAAAAUCAGAAAAGUACGAUUGCAAAUCUUCAGUUCCUCGUCAAAUACAUCUCACUGAACAAGGGGAAACUGCAGGAAAUUAUGAGUCUCGCUGUAGUCUCUCCCAAGAGCCAGCCACUAGCCUGGUUGCCAACUUCGCAGACGGGGAACAGCUGGUUGGUAGCAGUGAAACGGCACCUAAUGCUGCUGCAGCCAGUAAAGAGCCUCCGUCUGGCGUCACGGCUGCCCGUGUCGAACACGGAGCUGCUGCUACGAGCUGUGACAGCCGUGCUCCCGUGUCAGCACGGCACGAUCGUUGCUCGGGACGUACAGAGGCCGGGGACAACGCUGGAUUGGUGGAUUCCUCUCCCGAGCAGUCACGCGAGCUACAGUUCUCCUGUUCACUUUGUUCCGCUCGGUUCCCUAAGAAGAAGUUGUUGCUACUUCACCGUAGUAAGCAUGAGCGCAAGGCAAGUUUUACAUGCUCUGAAUGCUUAAAAAUAUUCACUUUUAAGGAGAGCUUGAAAAGACACAUUCACUCAUAUUGUGGCAAGAAACGUUUCUCGUGUUCCAUCUGUCCAUCUUUCUUUACUGUGAAAAAUGAAUUGAAACAACAUAUGAGUGUUCAUAUGUGUGAAAAACCUUUCUCAUGUAACGUAUGUGAGGCUAAGUUUAACUCAAUUAGGAAUUUGAAAAGUCAUAUGCGCAUUCAUACCAAUGAUAAACCAUACUCAUGUAGCUUGUGCAAAGCAAAGUUUAAACUUAAAAGUUACCUUAAGAUACAUUCCUCUGUUCAUUCUAGUGAGAAACCAUUUUCAUGUAAUGUAUGCAGUGCUAGGUUUAAAUCUACAAGUUCUUUGCAGGUACACAUCCGCAUUCACACCGGAUAUAAUCCGUUCUCGUGUAACAUAUGUGACGCUAAGUUCAGAAAGAAAGCUCAUCUAAUAUCUCACAUUCAUAUUCACACCGGUGAGAGACCAUUCACAUGUACUGUGUGUGAGGCUAAGUUUAUGACGUACGCUAACCUUCAAAUACACUCCCGCAUUCACACAGGUGAGAAACCAUUCACAUGUAGUGUGUGCAAAGCUAAUUUUAGUCAGAAAAAUAGUUUGAAAAUUCACUUGUGGAUUCACUCAGGUGAGAAACCUUUUUCAUGUAGCUUGUGCAGUUAUAAGUGUAGAACUAAACAAGUCCUGCAGAGACACUUUUACACUCACACAGGUGAGAAACCAUUUUCUUAUAGUAAAUGUAAAGCUAAAUUUAGUCUGAGAAGUAAAAUUAAAACAUGCCCGCAUUCAUGCAACUGAGGGACUAUUUUCUUGUAGUUUUUGUAAAGCUAAAUUUAAUUGGAAAAUUAACUUUAGAAAACAUAUUCAAAUGCACUCACAUUAAUGUCAGUAUGAAACCAUUCAUAAGUAUCAUGUGUGCAGGUAAAUUAAAUUACAAAUUUCUCUUCAGAUACCGGUACACACUUUUGUUCAUUUUUAUUUAGUAAUUUAUUUAUUAUCUUUAACAUGCCAACCUACAGCUGGGGCCCUUUGUUUGAAACACUUGCUUUCAGUCAUACGCAAGCUCAACUAGAAUGGUGAUAUCAAGUACGAGACCAUUCUCGGCAAAGUUGCUAUGCUGGAACAAUUUUUCGUAUACAAUUUCAGUAGUUAUUCUCAUAUAUGGUCGUCAUAUACGAUAGUUCCGGUCUAGGGGGAAAUUGCACAUGUUCAGCAUUGAGGCAUGUUCGGUACUCCUGUUGUUCGGCUAGCCCUGAGAAAUCAAUAGUACCAUCUUGUUUAACAGAAUUAUAGUUAGAUUUUAAAAAGGGGAAAAAAUUUUACCUUUUUUCCCUAAAAUGAAUACUUUUCAUAUUUUUAUGAUCACGUCGACGGGGCUAUGCCCUCGCCCCGCUUCUGCACCCUCUGUUCAAACCUUCUGCCCACGAGUGUGUGUGUGUGAGUGCGUGUGUUUGCCCGCUCUGCAUGUGCCUAGCAUCACUGAAAUAAUAUUUUAUUUAAUAUAAUUUGUAAUUUUACUUAUAUUUUCAUCCCCAAGUGUUCUAUUUUUUAACAGCUUAAGUAAGGACGGAGCAGCGCAAUGCACAAACAUGUCAGAACGCACCCCAUACACGGGCAGUUUAUUUUUGAACUCAAUAAUUAACAAUACAAGUAAAUAUUAUUACUUUGUAAUUGCUCGAGAUGUUCUGUUGUGUUAUCUGUUUUGUCUCGUAAAUAUAGAUGACCUAAGGUAGUUCAACCUUUUCCUGCCGCCGUGACACCCGGAUCACACCCCAGUCUCUCUCAUGCGCUGCCCGGGGAAGGACGCAUCCUACGCACCUCGUGGACUUCACCGUUCUAUUUUGACUGAUCUUCAGCUACCGCCGUCAUUAAUGUCGUUUUAAACCUUUUCCGUUAUCCUUGAGCCGAGUCCCAGGUAGUCGACUGUUUAAUUCAUCAUUUAGGUCCAGAAGGACAUUUUAAAUCAAUGUGACCUAGUCUCUCAAGGGCAGGCCACACAGUGUCCGGGUCCACCCGUGAACCAGUUGAAUUGCUUUAGGCAUCUUUUUGCAGCUCAUCACGUAGCGUUUUGUUUCAUAUAUUGUGUUUGCUGGUGUACGACUCGGCCAGAACGCAACCCGCCAGCCAGAUCUGUGCGGACCACGUGAGACGCUCGGGAGCCCGCCGACGACCGCCGCUCGGCAUUGUGGGAGCGUAGCCGCAGCUCAGAGCUCGUCAAGCCCUGCGCCCACACGGGCCACGUCACAGAGUCCACAGUCCAUAACACGCCUCAUUAGUUAACCACGUAAACCCCCGUGAUGUCUGAGCUUCAUGUUAUAACGUGACAACACAUGAAUUAGCUCGUUACCGAGUUUAGAUUGUACACUUCACUGGUGAGUACUGAAAAACUCUCUCUUUUGACGUGUUUUUUGUCUUAGAAUCAACAACAAGAACUGCACUCUUUUCCAAUAUUUCAAAAGUGCAGGAAUCAGCCCUAUGUUUCAAUGUUACGUGACUUAAGUAUUUUUCCCGUGAACAUGCCCGUAAAUCUAUGUGUACUACUGAGAGUGUGAAUACAGUAAAGUGUAGUAUGUACAUAUAUAUGUACAAACUGUAAUAAUACAAGUUAAGUGUUGGGUUUAUGCACCCAUGGUUAUUACUAAUGGCUUACUUAGCCAUUGAUUGUAAAUGAAACACAUCAAGUGAUUGUGCUGUUCGCACUAUCAUUGAGUAAUCGAUCAUACUGCAAACUGUUUGUGCCAUAACUUUGUUUUAAUGUACUGAAACAAGUUAGAAGGUUCAACAAUGUCUAAUCAGAAGUGUGCAGUUUUACAGACUAUUUGUUUGUAUAGUAGUAUUUAAUUUUUUUGAUAUCGUAAUUAAUAAAUGUUUAUGUAAAAAUAAAUUAUUCAGAAUUAGGAUUAUGUAAUAUGAAAAGAUAAUUGUAGAUCUAAAUGCUAAGUUUUUAAAUUUAACAAGUUUCUUUUUGAAUGAAAGGAAAUAAAACCUGACAAAUUCUACUUCAGAAAGUGUGUUGCAAAAUACUCUUUUAUACAAGUCUAAACAAAGUUGUAAGUCGCUCAAGCAGAUACAGACUGGAAUGUCAACCAAGCCAUCUGGAAGCAUAUGUAUUUGAGAAUGUUGAGUUCUGGAAUGAUUGUUCUGAAUAAAUUCUAAAAUUCAGUAA